UCAAGAAAUGUUUCCCCUGGACUGGAGAGUAUUUCUCCUGUGGGCCUUAGUGAAUUCCACCGUGGAAUCCGGGAAUCCUUCAAAGGAUAGCCAAGAUCUACCUCCACAGCUACAAAGAACCGUGGAAGAUAUCAUAACAGGGCAGUAUUUAAACGCUCUUCUCAAUAUUCUUAAUUUCCAAAGCUCCAAUAUUUGGACCAAAGAUCUCUUCAAUCAAAUCAUGGCACAUUGCCAUGCUCAGAACUUUGCAAUUACUUAUGGCAGCUUACAGGAAUCAAUCACCAAUUACUUUGAGCAUCUUUUCCACAAUCCCAGAAUGUUCCUUUCCAUCUUUCGGGAUAUGAGUCCUGGGGAUUUUCAAACAGCCAUGAAGUACCUCUUUGGAAGGACCCAGAAGUAUUUGGAUCUGGGAAAUAUCCUAAUCGAUCUACACGGAAUAAGAAAAAAACUUUUCCAAAGUCCCGGAGGGAACCGUACCUUGGUUCUUAUCACAUUAGAAAAGUGCUUUGUGCUCCUCAAUUCGGCUCAAUGCGUGGACAUCUUAAGCCAGAUCCUUCGAGCCUCUUCGGCCACGUAUCUCCAAGCCCACAACGUGGCCAGCUUCCCUCAAGAUCUUCAGAAAGAGGCUUUCCGGAAUCUAUCAACAGUCUUCAAAGACCUGUACGACAGAUUAACCACAAGCACUCAAAGGGCUGUGUACGAGUGGAUGAUGCAGAACCUACAAAACUCUGACAAUGCCAGCGUUUCAGACAAUUCCACGUCUUGGGUCAGCGCUAAAGGCCUGUGGAUUCUCGGGAGGUAUAUGGUUCACCUCCCCCUUGAAGAAAUCAGAAAAAUUAACCCGUACGAAAUGUGGCUGUUUGUCAGCUACGACAACGCAACCAAGCAACUGGAUAUGGUGUACGAUAUCACACCCGAUCUUGCACAAGCUUUCCUGGGAAGAAUCAACGCAUCUGGCUUCGAUAUGAGGAACGUAUCCACUUUGUACAGGCAAGCCAGGGAUGCUUUUCAUGAGUUGACAGCUAACCUCUUCUGUUUCUCACGCAGGCUGGGUUUGCUGGUUUGUUUCUACCAUGAUUUGGCAGAGAUGGAUUCCACCAUGGCUCGGGCAUUGCUUCAUCAGAUGAUGAAAUGUCACCAGUUGAGAAGCUUCCAGGCCAAUGUGCAGAAGCUGAAGUCCCAGCUUCUCAACGUUGCCGUCCAAAACCAGACUUUGAAUGACGUUCUCGGCACCCUCUCCGAUGCCGUCGUGGGUCUGGCAACCAGCCAGCUGGAAUCUCUGUCCCCCACAGCCGUGCAUGCCGCCAUCUCCACGUUAAACCAAGUCUCCAGUUGGGCCAAGAGCCAAACUAUCAUUCUAUCCAGCAAAUACCUGCUUUACGAAAAGACAUUGUCGUUUCACAACGUUAGUCAAAUGGGGGCUUUAGCGCCUGGCAUUGACACCCUGUCCUUCUACAAUAUGAACCCCAAUGAACUCUCUCAGGCCAUCCAGAAUGUCUUGGCACAACGGGCACUGGAUCUGUCCCCAGUUCAAAGACAAGGAAUCUUCCGGAAGAUCCUGGCCUCCUCGCCGCUCACGUCGGUCCUCACCGAUUUGCCUAGUGCCUUUUUUACUGAGGUCUCCUUGUUCGAUCUAUGGAAGGCAGGCAGCUUCAAUGCGUCAUUGGUGAAAAAAAGAGAGCUGAGGACAAGCCAGGCUUUGUUUCUGUAUGAAUUCUUGUCAAGGAAAACUUCCCUGUCUGAUCUCUUAAGUAAUGGACAGCUGUUGAAAGGAAUGACCUGCUGGCACAUUGAGAAUCUGAGCCCAAUCUCUUUUUUGAACCUUUUCCACAUAUUUGAAAAGCACCUUCAUUUGCUGUCUUCCUUCCAGGUCAAUUGUUUGGCUUGGAAAUUCUGGACAAUUUCUGAAGCAUCUGUCCCUCCCUACCUCUUAGCUGUGCUUCCUGCUGAGUUCCUGGAAUCUGUUACCGGAUCCCGCUGUGUCCCUUUUCUGAUCAGUUUGGGAAAGACGGACCUCGAUCAUCUCAUCUGGAGCGAGCAAAAGAAAAGAGCUCUUCGGCAGAAAAUCCAGCGCUGCUUAGAAGGCUCGGUGGCUGAUGAAUAUACAGUGGACCUGUUGGGCAAUCUCCUUUGCCAUUUGUCCCCCGCGUUCAUCUGUCAGGGGGUCUCCCCAGAAGUGAUGACAGUCAUCCUCCACCGAUACAGCCAGUGCCCCCAUCUCAGCUACCAGCAGAAGAUAGAAAUUCAGCAGAGACUAAUUGAAUUGCACGGCUCCCCGAGAAACUGGACAGUUGAAACAAUUAAGGACCACGGAGCUUUUAUGGUGUUAUUGCCAAAGGAUGACUUGAUCGCCCUGCUUGAGAAGUUUCCUGACUUCAUCUCGGAAAUAGCAUCGAAAACAUCCCAACUGCUCUCUGUACCCAAGCAGCUUCUCUUCGCUCAAUUUGAAUCCCUUUAUGGCUCCAGAAUUCCAACCCAACCCUCUAAUUCAACUCCCGAUUGUGAAGAUGUCACAGCACCCUCUUUGGAUGAGAUUAUACAGUUAUCAGAAGCAAACAUGUUUUGGUCUGUUCAGGAACUGAACUGUAUGGAAAGGAGGACGUUUGCCCAAACGGUGGAAAUCCUUGGCUCAGUGCGUAAUUUUAACACCUCACAGCUUGCUGUCUUGAAGGAAAAAGCUAAACAGGUUUGGGGUCUGCCGGAAGGCUGGAAGAGAUACCACAUUGUGUCCCUGGGUUGCAUUGUCACGGCGUUGAACGAGAAGGAAAUUGCCAUGCUGGAUCUCAGCUUGAUUGACACUGUUUCAGCCUUGACCCAACAAACAGCUUGGAAUCCAUCUCAGGCGAAAUCUAUUUUGCAAGGUUUUCUGAAUGAUUCGGGACAAGAGAUAGCCAGUCUCAAAAGUUUUGAUCUGGUAGCUCUUGACGCCACUCUUUGCACGCUAAACUCGACAGAGGUUGCAUCCAUCAAUGCCACCGAAUUCAGUGUGGUUUUAGCCAGGCUGGGUUCUUUGCCGUGUAGCUCAAACACUCUGCGAGAAUUUAAAAAGAAAGUCGAAUCUAUAUUUGGGAGUCCCAUGAAAUGGAACCCUGCAACCCUGCAAGAAAUUGGGACUAUCGCUGCUGGCUUAGACGAGAAGGAAUUAAGAGGCCUUGAUCACGAAUUGAUGGCUUAUUUCCAGCCUGCGGCCAUCGCGUCCAUCCCCAGCGAAAUCUUUAAAGAACUGUCUCCAGAGCAGCUUGCAAACCUUGGUCCUGAAAACGCAGCCAGGACGACGGAUUUGCAGCGCCGACAUCUGAAUGAAGAGCAGCUUCAGAGCCUCCAAUUGGCUUUGGAUGGGGGAAGGAGAAGAAUCCGAGAAGUAUCCUUGAAUGAAAGUACAAUCGACCCAACAUCGGCACCUCUUUGGAACGGUGCUUCCUUACCCUACAGGUUAAACCUUUGGAUGUCUGCUGUUUCAGUCCUGCAUCUGGUCUCCUAAACUGACCACUUUUGAAGUUUACAAGGUUUCCCAGCUGACAUUGCAAACUUGGAAGAAUGGCCUUUCGAAAAACCUGCUUGAUGUUUGAAGAAUUAAAAUAAUGCCUUUAAAAAAAAAAAAAAAAAA